UAUAAAAAGGCGUAGAAAGGCCGCAUCUAUAACAAACACAAUGCUUAUUAAGUAUUAUCCAUUUAUUUUACUGUUUAACCCAUGUGUUUCUGGUGGUGUUGAUCUGUUCUGUGUGAAAAAUGGAUUCAAAUACCUCAACGAUGAAAUAAAUUUAGAACCGCAUUUGGAAGAAUUCAUAACACAAACAAAAUGGCUCAAACAAAAAUUAGACCAUUUCAACACGACAGACCAGAGAGACUGGAAAAUGAAAUAUUUUAAAAGAUUGAGUUACUGGAGACUAAAUGGUCCAAUUUAUCUAUUUUUGGGGGGUGAAAGUCCCGUUUCUCCGCGAUGGGCGGAAACAGGGAUAAUGUACGAGUUGGCUAAAGAAACAAAUGGUGCCUUGUAUGUUGCCGAGCACAGGUAUUAUGGUGAAAGCAGACCACUGAACGGCACUGAUGCGGAAGCUUUGAAAUAUUUAAGUGCUAGACAGGCCUUAGCAGACAAUGCUUAUUUGUUGAAAUAUCUUAAACGUUUUUCUAUUUACAAAAAUUCUAAGGUUGUUGUCGUCGGAGGAUCAUACUCUGGCAACUUAGCGGCGUGGAUGAAACUAUUGUAUCCUGAUUUGAUUGACGCGGCUAUUGCGAGUAGCGGCCCUGUUUUAGCGAAAAUGGACUUCUAUGAAUACCUUGAAAAAGUGAGUGACAAUUAUGAACAGUAUGGUACAAAAAAAUGUUUAGGGAAAAUUGAAAAAAUAUUUAAGAGAUACGAUAAGUUAAUGCAAAGUGCUAAAGGUAUUCAACUGUUGAAGGAGGAAGAGAAUAUUUGUGAAAAAUGCAAUUUAUCUGCGCUAGAAAACCAGCAAAUUUUUUUCGGUGUCAAGGUUGGUGAGUUCAUGAGUAUCUCCCAGUAUGGUACUGCAGAACAAAUAAAAGAUCAUUGUAAAAUUUUGCUAAAUGGAUCAAUAUAUCAACAUAAUGAGUCCGGAAUACCACCGGAAGAGUCUACAAGGAAUAACUGUACUUGCUAUGAUUUUGAUGAAACUAUUAAAGGGUAUUAUUCAAAGGAAAAUGAUUGGAUUAUAUCGUGGCUUUAUCAAACUUGUACUGAGUUUGGUUACUUUCAAACCACGUCAUCAGAUGAGCAUCCUUUCACAAAUAAUAUGCCUCUAAACUUUUAUAUUAGGAUGUGUCAUAAAUUGUUCGGUCCAGACUUUGAUGAAGAGAGAGUGAAUAGAGGUGUUGCAGCAGUUAAUGAUUUGUAUGGAGCAUUAAGCCCGAACGUUACUAAUGUAGUUUUUUCAAAUGGUGACUUGGAUCCGUGGAGCACUCUUAGCAUUCUGAAAGACCUGUCGAACAAUGCACCAGCGAUAGUAAUUCCUGGAUCAUCGCAUUGUAGGGACUUGUUAUCAAAUAGAGACAACGAUAUUGUAGAAUUAAAAGAGGCUAGAAAGGCUAUAAAAAAUUUAGUUAAAAAAUGGAUAGGUGCCGAAUGUUAACUCGUCUAUUUGCAGCUUAUACAACCGUUAGGUAGGUAUAAUCUAUUUUUCUUUAGCUGACUGGAAAGGUAAACCUACCUAAGUGCCUAGGUACUUCUUCUCGUUGAAAUGCGUAAGAGGCGAACUAUACGGGCUCUUAUGGCCUUGUUGCCUUAAGCCUACUGUGUCGUAUUAGUUUACAAAUUGCGAAAAACCACAUUAAAUUUGAAUUUCGCGGGCAGACCCGUGUAGUGCACCUUAGUACGUCUAUAGUUUAUUUACUUUUGUGAAAGGGUUUAUAAAAAGUGAAAGACAAAAGUUUAUUAAAAUAAUUUUAUAUUUGAUCAUACAGAUUGUCCUUAAAUUAGGUUACUAUUUUACCAACACCCUUAUACGACGGAUGUUGAUGCUAUGUGUAACUAUAACAAAGUACAGUCGCCAAGACAGUUCCAAUAUAAAUUAAAUAUUGACUUUUACGAAAUAUAGUACGAAUAUACUUAGUUUCAAACUAUACAAUUUAUUGAAUAGUCUUGGCGAAUUAACUGAUAUAUCAAAAAUUUAACAAAUUAUUUUUACGGAAAUUCGACCUGUGUCAAAAUCGAUACACAUCAUACUUUAAUUGAUCGUCCUUAUGUAUCAUUUAUGUAUGAAUGUUUUCAAGUUAGUUUUUAAUAACCGAAAAAAAUAUUACAAAUUUCUUUUUAUGAAGGUACUUUUGGAUAUUAGGUAUAUUAUUAUUUGCAAUGAAAAGUUGCUCCAUAGCUAAAGGUCUUCUGAACUGCCAACUCGGUAAUGGAAUGUUAUAUUAAUCUAAUUUAUGUAUAUUUAUUUAUAAUAUAUAGUAUGGUAACCUGUUUAGCACCUCCGAUAUUCGAAUUUCUCAUCUAUACUUUAAAUAUAUUAUGUUUAGUAUAUAAUAUUAUAUCAACAAGGGUACAACAAAUAUAUAUUUUUUUAGAAAAUAUAUUGCGUAUCCUAAAUUAGUUAUAUA